ACCUGGGAAGCUGCUCGGCAUAUGUAAUCCCAUCGUAAUUCCAGUGCAUAGCCACCCUUCACCUUCACAUGGGGUAGUUGGUAAAGUGCUCGCAGCCAUAUUCCAUCACCCUGCAUACCUUGUGUAUACAACCACGUUUUGAAAUCGAGACUCCUUGUCGCGCAAGCACGAAUAUACAGCUUUCUGCUCUACUGCAUCCCCUUUCUCCUCGACCAUCCUCACUACUGCACACAACUCUCGGACGUCGCAAAGAUGAGUUGGAAAGGCUUUCAAAAGACCGUGACGCGGGCGCCGCAGCAAUUCAAGCAGCGGUUUAAUAUGGGCGAAAUCACCAAAGAUGCCGUGUACAUUGAUGCUGAACUACGAUUCGCCGAUCUCGAGCGCGAGUGCAAGAAGCUGCACGAGGAGAGCCAAAAGUACUUCCAGGCAAUCAAUGCCAUGCUAGACCACCAGAUCGGCUUCUCAAAAGCAUGCAUAGAAGUCUACCAGCCCAUCUCCGGCCGUGCUAGUGACCCGGACUCUUACGUCGUUGACGGCAACCCUGAAGGCAUACGUGCAUGCGAGGAAUACGUCAACAUUGUGAACGAACUCAAGGUCAGCCUUCAGCCCGAGUUGGAGAUGAUCGAGCAGCGGGUUGUAAAGCCUGCAGACGAAUUGCUGGAGAUUGUCAAAGCGGUACGCAAGACGGCGAUCAAACGCGAUCACAAACAGCUCGAUUAUGAUCGGCACAACGCUACAUUGAAAAAGCUUCAGGAGAAAAAGGACAAAACACUCAAGGACGAGAAGGCGCUCUAUCGGGCUGAAGCGGACGUAGAGUCGGCCACGCAGGACUUCGAGUACUUCAAUAAUCUGAUGAAAGAGGAAUUGCCGCUACUCUUCCGCCUUGAGCGCGAAUUCAUUCUACCACUAUUCCAAAGUUUCUACUACAUGCAGCUCAACGUCUUCUACACUCUCCACGAGAAAAUGCAAAGUAUCGACAUUGGAUAUUUCGAUCUACAGCUCGGAAUCGAAGAGGCAUUCGAGCAGAAGCGCCUCGGAAUCCAGGAAGAGACCGAGAAGCUCGCAAUUGUGAAAUUCAAAUCUACAGGCGCUCCUCGAAGACCUGCCUCCAAGUACGGUGCAGGCCGUCUUGCAAUCGAGAAUGGCGGCACUAGUGCUUCAGCCUCUCAUCGUCUCACUGCCGGUGCCCACAACCCUCCAAUCAACGAAGAAGACGAAGACAACGCCGCUCCACCUCCAGUGUAUUCCGCUCAGCUUGGUGCUUCCGACCUUGCCCGAGCAAACAGCACCGCGACCGCAUGGACGUCAGCCGCGAAAGCCAAGGGUGCAGCGCCGCCCCCUCCGAAACCCAAACCAGCAAAAUUGGCCGGCGCGGCACUCGCAAAUGUAGAGACUGUCACGGCACUCUAUGACUACGAGGCGCAAGCUCCCGGAGAUCUUUCAUUUACCGCGGGCGAGGUCAUUGAGAUUGUGUCGCGCACGAAUAAUGUCAACGAGUGGUGGAAUGGCAAGAUCGGCGUGCGAAAAGGACAAUUUCCUGGAAACUACGUCCAGGUCAACCCAUAA